AUGACUGAUGUCGUACCAUCUGUGAGUCUGGACCAACAACAUCCUCACGAUCCACAAAUCACCAAUAAUACUCAACAACCUACGGUGUUAACAUCUUUAACAUCUUCUCUAACGACACCUUCAUUUGUUGAACCAUCAGGAAAUUAUUUUGCAAUUUCUCAGACUAAUAAUAAUCCUUCCAACAUGCAAUCUGCUUCUUAUUAUAAUUCUUUGAUUACUGUUUCAUCACCACCUCCACCUUCAACGUCCACUUCAAAUAAUCAAAGUUCUCCUGUUACCGAUUCUCGUGGUGCAGUAGAAAAUAAUACUUCCCCUCCUACUCCGACGUAUUCUUAUAGUGGCCCACCGAAAUCAUAUUAUUCUCGUUUACCACUUUAUGAUAGACCAUUUAAAUGUGAUCAAUGUCCUCAGAGCUUCAACCGCAAUCAUGAUUUGAAGCGCCAUAAGCGUAUACAUCUCGCAAUAAAGCCAUACCCUUGUCAAUCUUGUGAGAAACAAUUUAGUCGUAAAGAUGCUUUGAAACGACAUUGUUUAGUUAAGGGUUGUAAUAGAUAA